GUUCAUCACCCAAAUCCCAUUUCUCAUCACUCUCCCGUCCACCAAAAAAAAAAAAAAAAAAAACAUGUCCAAAGAAACAGCCACCCGACCCACCAAGCUCUACUUCUCCAUCGUCUUCACCGUCGUCUUCUUCAUAUCCCUCAUCCUCCUAAUCUGUUGGCUCAGCCUGCGCCCGCACGAGCCCAAGUUCCACGUCCACAACUUCUCGGUCCUCGGUCUGGCCGACCACGGGUUCGAAUCGGUCCGGUUCGUCUACAACGUGUCAGUUCGAAACUCGAACCGACGCGUGGGAAUUUCCUAUGACACCCUGACGACGGCGAUUUAUCACAACGGACGGCCCAUUGGGAUUACGCCGUCGUUUAACUCGUUCGAUCAGGAGCCCAAGACCACGUUGUAUAUUAGCCACGUGCUGACCGGAGGGGCGAUCGCGGCGGCAGCGGGGAGUGGGGACACGUGGAAGGAGAUCGUUGGCGAUCGCGGGAGUGGAAAGGUUGAGUUUCAGUUGGAGCUGAGGACUAGCUUGAGGUAUGAGAGGACGAUGUGGGACCUGAGGCGGCACGGGGUUCGUGCCAAGUGUCAGGUUCCUGUUGGUGGAGAUGGUGCUCUGUUGGCGGGCUACGUGGGACAGGAGUGUCCUUCGUAGUUUGACUGUUUGGGGACUUGUGUGUCUUUUUUUUGAUGCUGUUGGUGUUGUAAUUUGUGAAGCAGAGGGUUUGUAAAAGGAUGUGAUUUGUUUGAUUGGUUUUGUUUUAGUUCGUAUUGAAUGUAAGAAUGAUGGUUAUUGAUGUUUGUUCGUAUUUAUGAUUUUGAUAUAGUAUUCAGAUUUUCAAACUAACAAUCAUAUGUGUAAUGUAAUCAUCGAUAAUAGUAAUAAAAUAGAGACGAACAUUAAAGGAUGAUACCUACC